GUCAAUAGCACUGGGGGUGGAAACCCGUGCAAAUGUGGCAACUGGGCCUGCUCAGCACUGAGCUCGCUUUAUGCAAGCCCUAUCGAUUGGGCCUUAUGUCACGCACCCUUGGCUAUAAAAGCACUUGGCCGCCUCCACGCUCGGUUGAUUUCUCAAUAAGUCUUCGCCGUGGAACAAUAUGCGCGCUCCAGAGUGGAUGAGCAGCGAAAUGGCACGUCUGACGUUGAAAUUGGAACGGUACAAGCCUGUGGGCAGUGGCUACAAUCGCAUCCAGUCCAUCCGUCUCUCCAAGAGCGUUACUCAAAUGCUGAACAAUCCGCUGCCCGUCGCGUUGGCAGCUUCCACCGCCCGAUCGCCACAGGAGAGUUCCCUCCAAACGCCCCGUCAGCGCGGCGUACUUAGUCGCAGCGAUUCCGAGUGGGAGGAGGUGUAUCCUGCCGUCAAGUUGUGUCGCCAGCACAGCACAGAGAGUGCCAGCAGCCUGGACAGUGAGCUCAAGUUCACGCACUACCGGAAUUGCUCAACGCGGAUUCCCUGAAGGAUAAUUACAACUUUGUUUUUAUUUUGCAAUAUUUGUGAACUUUUUACUGUGUGCUGCUAUAAGAAAUAAAUUAAAUUAGUGUUACAAAAUGA